CGCAUGCUCUGGCUGUACAGUGUACGUCACUCAGACAUGGCUGCCUCCAGUAGAGCUGUCAUGAAGUCCUUGUUGCGAAGAUGCGGACACUGUUGCUCAGUUAUAUCGGCGUUACCAACAGAGAAAAUGGUCCUUCAGUUAAAUCACGUAAUUCCCGCGAGUCUCUUGAGCACGAGCGCAGCUCUCCUGCAGAAGAACCUGGCGGCGGCCGGGCCGGAGAAAUACACGCAAGAGUUCAUCAAGAAGCAGAUCGAGGAGUUCAACAUCGGCAAGCGGCACCUGGCCAACAUCAUGGGGGAGGACCCCGAGAACUUCACUCAGGAGGAUAUCGAUAGAAGCAUUGAAUACCUUUUCCCCUCUGGGCUGUUUGACAAAAGAGCCCGGCCAGUCAUGAAGCACCCAGACGUGAUUUUCCCAAAACAGAGAGCCGUUCAGUGGGACCAGGACGGGCGGCCGUUCCACUACCUGUUCUACACCGGGAAGCCCACCUACUAUUCGCUGAUGCACGAAGCCCUGGGGAAGGUUCUGGCGGUGGAGAGGUACCAGGACCGUAUGAGGAGUAAAGGCCUGUUGUCCCCGGAAACCAAGCCCAUGUCUUUGCCAGGGGGCAGGUGGCUUACAAAAACAGAGCUUGAGGAGCUGCUGGUGGAGUUCAUCUCUGAGCAGGAUUACACGCGCUUCCUGCAGCUGAUGGACAAGCUGGCCUCCCUGCCCUGCAGCUCGCAGGAGGAGGAGUUUAUUCUCCGCUACCACAAGCGGCUGGACGUGCAGUCAAUCAAGCAGGUCGCCCAACCCCUGCAGCUGGAUGAGGAGGGCGUGGCCUUCAGCUCUGCCCAAGGGCGGAGGAAAACCGCUGAAGCCUCAGUGGUGAUGCGAGACCUCAGCUCGGGGAAGAUCCUCAUCAACGGCGUGGACUACCUGCGAUACUUCACCUCAGUGCAGGACAGGCAGGAGCUGAUGUUCCCGCUGCAGUUUGUGGGGCGGCUGGGCCGGCACGCCCUGGAGUGCACGGUGAGCGGCGGGGGCCACUCCGCCCAGGCGGGGGCGCUGCGGCUGGCCAUCGCCCGCGCGCUGCUCAGCUUCGUGUCCGAGAGCGAGAGGGAGAGCAUGAGGCAGGCUGGUCUGUUGACCUCUGACCCCAGGGUUAAGGAGCGUAAGAAGCCGGGUCAAGAAGGAGCCCGUAGGAAGUUCACGUGGAAGAAGCGCUAGGGCGUGGCAUCCGUCCCCCCCCCCCCAGGAGUCUCUGGGACACACCCACCCAGAGAGGGCCAGACGGCACCCCUCCUUUCAACCGUCCCACACACCGAUAGCCUGAAGCCCACCUCCGUUCUAAAAGCCCAUAAAGACCUGAGGCCUGCUCUCUGUUUGACAGCCUCCCUCCACAUUAAAUAUCUACACUUAUUAUAUUAUCAAUAAACCAUUAUGUCUGUACAGUG